AUGGGCACUGAGGAGGAGAAUAGGAAUAGCACUGAGGAGGAUGGAAAUGGCAAUGAGGAGGAUGUAAAUGGCACUGAGGAGCAUGAGAUUGGCACUGAGGAGGAUGGGAAUGGCACUGAGGAUGAGAAUGGCACUGAGGAGGAUGAGAAUGCCACUGAGGAUGAUAAUGGCACUGAGGAGGAUGAGAAUGGCACUGAGGAUGAGAAUGGCACUGAGGAGGAUGAGAAUGGCACUGAGGAUGAGAAUGGCACUGAGGAGGAUGAGAAUGGCACUGAGGAUGAGAAUGGCACUGAGGAGGAUGAGAAUGGCACUGAGGAUGAGAAUGGCACUGAGGAGGAUGAGAAUGGCCAUGAGGAGGAGGAUGGGAAUGGCAGUGAGGAGGAUGGGAAUGGCAGUGAGGAGGAUGGGAAUGGCAGUGAGGAUGAGAAUGGCACUGAGGAUGAGAAUGGCACUGAGGAGGAUGAGAAUGGCACUGAGGAUGAGAAUGGCACUGAGGAGGAUGAGAAUGGCACUGAGGAGGAUGAGAAUGGCACUGAGGAUGAGAAUGGCACUGAGGAGGAUGAGAAUGGCACUGAGGAUGAGAAUGGCACUGAGGAGGAUGAGAAUGGCACUGAGGAUGAGAAUGGCACUGAGGAGGAUGAGAAUGGCACUGAGGAUGAGAAUGGCACUGAGGAGGAUGAGAAUGGCACUGAGGAUGAGAAUGGCACUGAGGAGGAUGAGAAUGGCACUGAGGAUGAGAAUGGCACUGAGGAGGAUGAGAAUGGCACUGAGGAUGAGAAUGGCACUGAGGAGGAUGAGAAUGGCACUGAGGAGGAUGAGAAUGGCACUGAGGAUGAGAAUGGCACUGAGGAGGAUGAGAAUGGAACUGAGGAUGAGAAUGGCACUGAGGAGGAUGAGAAUGGCCAUGAGGAGGAGGAUGGGAAUGGCAGUGAGGAGGAUGGAAAUGGCAGUGAGGAGGAUGGGAAUGGCAGUGAGGAUGAGAAUGGCACUGAGGAUGAGAAUGGCACUGAGGAGGAUGAGAAUGGCACUGAGGAUGAGAAUGGCACUGAGGAGGAUGAGAAUGGCACUGAGGAUGAGAAUGGCACUGAGGAGGAUGAGAAUGGCAGUGAGGAGGAUGAGCUUAGCGAAGGUCAAGAGGAGCCUCGGGUCCAUCAAGUGCAAGCGUCUAAUGAGGUGAUUAGGAGGCCAUUUAUGGCCCGGGAGACUCUUCCUUUACAUAACCCGACAAACACUGGAAGACCUUGGAGAAUUAUCUCUGCACAGGAGGAGAAGAUUAUUAUCUCUGCACAGGAGGAGAAGAUUAUUAUCUCUGCACAGGAGGAGAAGAUUAUUAUCUCUGCACUGGAGGAGAAGAUUAUUAUCUCUGCACAGGAGGAGAAGAUUAUUAUCUCUGCACAGGAGGAGAAGAUUAUUAUCUCUGCACAGGAGGAGAAGAUUAUUAUCUCUGCACAGGAGGAGAAGAUAUAA